AUGAACAAACCUGAGGCCAGGCGUCGUGUAAUCAUCUUCUCCGGCGAGGGGCCACGACGGGGAGGACACGUAACCGCUGAACAUAGCGGCCGCCGGAUCGGUCACCGGCGGCGGCGGCGGCGCCACCAUCUCGGCGGAGGCGCACGACCCGAAGGAGCCAAUAUUCUCGUCAAACCCGACCGAUCCGAAGUUAUUAUUGUCCUGCAGGUUGAGAAAAUCGGCCGCGAUUCUAUCCUUCUCGCCGUUGUCAACAUUAGGGUUUGGAUAAUACGAGGUUGUGUCAAAUUGUGCCCUAGCGCUGACGUCAUCCAGUGGAUUUUCACUCCCCAUGUUGACAUCACUCGCUCCGUACAGCUGCUGUUCAAAGGCGCUCACGUUCGGCUCGAGGCCGGCGUUGUGGUGUUGUACGGCGGGGUACAACCCGUACUGGGGGCAGCCGCUUGGCGGGGAUGGGAACGUGAGCCCGAACCCCGGCGGCCGCGGCAGCAGCGGGCGGAGGCUCUGCGGCGGCGCAGCAGACGAGGAGGAGGCGCCGGAUCCGGAGACGUGGGGCACGGCGGCGGCGGCGGCGGCCUCUUCGGGCGUGGUGAGGUUGAGCUGGGCCCUGGGGCCGUACAGGACGAUGGCGGCGCGGUCGUAGGCCCGGGCGGCUUCCUCCGCGGUGGCGAAGGUGCCGAGCCAACGGCGCGUGCGGCGGCGGGGUUCACGGAUCUCGGCGACCCACUUGCCCCAGCUCCGCUGGCGGACGCCGCGGUACCGGAACUUGGAGUUGUCCGGUCCGCCGCGGGACCUGGGCCUCUUUCCGUCGGCGACGGGGCUGGAGGAAGCUCCGGCGGCGGCGGUGGCGUUCUGGUCGUCUGGGGUGGUGGGAUUGUGGUGGUUUUUAGGGUCUGGUGGUGCAGAACCGCUCAUGGUGAGUGGCUGUUUGGGGAGAAAUUGUAG